AUGUCUAUUCAAGUUAUUCCUCAAACUACUAUCACCGUCGGCCUUGCCAAUGAUGCAGCGGAUCACAAGUCUAAAGCUUGCUUGAAUGCUGUUUGCCACAAGCCGGAGCCAUCAAAAGAUGAAUUGCCUCAUCACUUGGUUACUGCGAUGCAGGGAAUCUUUGGAAAGCAUCCUGGCUAUCGAACAACCCAUGCCAAAGGUCUUCUCGUAGAAGGUACCUUCACGCCAACUGAGGAAGCUAAGAACCUUUCCAGGGCAGCUCACUUCAACAAUGCCUCUACCAAGGUUAUUGCUCGCUUUUCAGUCGGUGGCGGCCUGCCUCAUGUCGCUGAUGUAGCCGACGGUGCUACUCCCAAGGGUAUAGCCAUCCGCUUCCAGGUCGACGACACCACGCAUACUGAUCUGAUCGCUCAUUCAUUCAAUGGAUUUGCAACCCGCAAUGGGGAGGACUUCCUGACUUUCCUCAAACUUUUUGGGGUGGACGGGUAUACUGAUGCUAUGCUCAAGAAGGCCCAGGCCGGAGGUGGCGACUCCUCCAAAGAGAAAAAAGAAUAUGAUCAAGCUCAUACUGCCUUUUUGUCUUUCCUUGGAAACCCGGAUCACAAGUCAGCAUUGGCUUUCGUCCAGUCUGAAAAGCCAAACCCCCAUACUUACGGCACUAUCACAUACUAUGAGCCCAACACUCACGUACUCACCAACAAGGACGGCAAAGAGACCAAUGUCAGGUACCGUCUUGAUCCUGCUGACGGAGAGCACUUAUAUCCCAACAAUACUCCCGAGGACAAGCAAAGGUUGGCACAGCUUGGAAACGACUACUUGGAGGAUAAUCUCCGGGAGCGAUUCCCAAGUAAACCAAUUGUUAUCAAUAUACAAGCACACAUUGCGGGUCCUGAUGAUGUCCUGGACGAUGCUACCAAGCCGUAUCAGAGUAAGGAGUUCGUCACUGUCGGAAGAUUGGAGAUCAACAAGGUUUCGGAUGACAAUGCUGCUCAGCAACAGCAGAUUUCGUUUCAUCCAAACCCAGAGAAGGGGGGUAUUGAGGGAAUCAAGUCUUCGAAUGACCCCUUGAUUCAAGCAAGGAAGGGUGUGUAUUGGAUUAGCUCGGAUCAGCGACGACAUGAGACACAAUUGGAGUAG